AUGAUGUACAGAGUGCACAUACACACAGAACCAGGAAGUGAGUGCAGCAAAGUGGCAGAAGCUAUGGACUCGAUCAGUUGUUCGAUUUGUCUGGAUACACAGAGGGAUCCAGUGACUAUUCCCUGUGGACACAGCUACUGUAUGGGCUGUAUUAAGGCUUACUGGGAUCAGGAUGAUCAGAAGGGUGUCUACAGCUGCCAACUGUGCAAGGAAAGCUUUAUUCCUAGGCCAGUUCUAAAGAAAAAUACUCUGCUGGCUGAAUUAGUGGAGAAACUGAAGACAGGACUUCAAGCUGCAUCUCCAGCUCACUAUUAUGCUGGACCUGGAGAUGUGGAGUGUGACUUCUGCGCUGGGAGAAAACUCAAAGCCAUCAAGUCCUGUCUGGUGUGUCUGGCCUCUUACUGUGAGACUCACCUCCAGCCUCACUAUGAAUCUCGUGCUUUUAAGAAGCACAAGCUGAUCAAAGCCUCCACACAACUACAAGAGAAGAUCUGCUCUCGUCAUGACAAACUGUUAGAGGUUUACUGCCGCACCGAUCAGCAGUUUAUCUGUUAUCAGUGUUUAUUAGAUGAACAUAAAGGCCAUGAUACAGUCUCAGCUACAGCAGAAAGGACUGAGAAACAGAGGCAGUUGGAGGAGAAAAGGCAGAAAUCCCAGCAGAGAAUCCAGAAGAGAGAGAAGGAGAUGCAGGAGGUAAGACAGUCUAUGAAGUCACUCAAGCUCUCUGUUCAGGCAGCGAUAGAGGACAGUGAGAGGAUCUUUACUGAGCUGAUCCGCUCCAUUGAACAAAGUUGCUCUGAGGUGAAGGAGCUGAUCAGAGCCCAGGAGAAGAUUGAAGUGAUUCGGGCUGAAGGACUCCUGGAGCAAUUGAAGCAGGACGUUGCUGAGCUGAGGAGGAGAGACGCUGAGCUGGAGCAGCUCUCAAACACAGAGGAUCAUAUCCAUUUCCUCCAGAGUUUCCAGUCUCUCUCUGUCCCUCCUAGAUCUGAGACCAUCAUCACCGUCAAUCAAUGCGUCUCCUUUGAGGGUGUAAAGAAAUCACUCUCUGGGCUGAAAAAGCGACUAGAAGAUGUAUUUAAGAAGGAAAUGGCCAAGGUACCUGGACUGGGUAAGCUUACAUUGGAUCCCAACACAGCACAUAACCGUCUGUGUCUAUCUGAGGGGAAUAGAAAGGUGACAUGGAGUUCUAGGUUCCAGUCCUAUCCUGACCAUCCAGACAGAUUUACCUCAGACCCACAGGUGCUAUGUAGCGAGGGUCUGUCUGGAGCCUGCUACUGGGAGGUUGAGUGGAGAGGGUUUGGGGUUUAUAUAGCUGUCUCAUAUAAAGGCAUCAGCAGGAAAUGCAGAGGGGAGUGUUUGUUUGGACAGAAUGAUCAAUCCUGGUGUUUAAUCUGCUCUCACGCUGGCUGUUCUUUCUACCACAAUGAUAAAAAGACUGUCAUACGUGUCCCCUACUCCUCUAGAGUAGGAGUGUACCUGGAUCACAAGGCAGGUACUCUGUCCUUUUACAGCGUUUCUGAUACAAUGACCCUCCUCCACAGAGUCCAGACCACAUUCACUCAGCCCCUCUAUCCUGGGCUUGGAUUUCAGCAUGGGAUCCAUUUUGGUUUUGGACCAUCUGUGAAGAUACUUUCAUUGACACAGAAAGGAUCUUUGAUAUGA